AACUCUGAAAGCGCUCAAUCAGGACUGGAAACUCACAGCAUCCUAACAUCAACAAAAAUGAAGUACAUUAGCGUGUGUCUUGCUGCCACAGUUAUUAUUGCUUACCUUUGUAUCUUGGAGACAUCAGCUCUUCCUCUCGCUGAGGUGGAUGAACCAAGCAACAAUGAAGUCCUGCCUGAGAUGGAAUUAACUGAGACAUCACAGGAGCAGCCUUCAUACUUCAGAGUGAACCAGAGCCGUCGUUGCCGGAUCUGUUGCAGCUGCUGCCCCGGCAUGCGAGGCUGUGGAAUGUGCUGCAGAUGGUAA